AUGUCAAUAAUAUGUUCUUUGGCUCCAUUACGUGGUGCCAGAGCUGUGACACCAAGAUUAGUUACAAUUUCAAUUAGAAACUACAACAAUAAUAAUAGGAACGGAAACGGUGAUGUAUUGCCACCUCCACCGCCAGACUCCGGAUUGAACCUUCUUAGAGACAGAGAAAUUGCUCGUGAAGACUAUUUCAUCAGACGACAUGAAAGAGAACAGCUAUUGAAAUUUAAAGAACAAUUAAAAUUGCAUCACGAACAAUUAGAAAAGCUCGAGAAGAAAAUCGACAAAUUGAUGCAAAAUGGUCCUGAAGCAAAAUAA